GUGAAAGCAUCAACUUGCCUUUCUUUCAAAUGCUGAUGUUCCGAUAGGGUUAAAAGAGACAGGUUAAGAACUAAAGAAUAUAAUAUGAGUAGUUAUUUACCAGGAACAGCCAGUCUUAUAGAGGAAAUAGACAAAAAACUGUUAGUUGUUUUACGAGAUGGAAGAACGUUGAUAGGAUUUCUCAGGAGUAUCGACCAAUUUGCUAAUUUAGUGUUACACAGAACGAUAGAAAGAAUCCACGUUGGUAAAAAAUACGGCGAUAUUGAACGAGGAAUCUUCAUUAUUAGAGGAGAGAAUGUGGUUCUUCUGGGUGAAGUGAACACAGAGAAUGAGGCGAACCCGGCGUUGAUUAAAGUUCCAAUAGAUGAAAUAUUGGAGAUGCAGCGAGAGGAACAGGUUCAGAAACAACAGGAAGAGGAGUUAAAAAAGAAAGCAUUGAAAGAACGUGGUUUACAUCUAACUGAUCAUAGUAUACUAGACGAUUAUUGUUAAUUUUAUAUGAACAUUUUUCUACAGUGUGUAUCUGGCUAGGCAGGGCAUGCUUAUCAUUAUGAGAUGAGAUCUUUUUUGAACAAUACAGUGGGGCAUGCCCAUCUUGUCUUCACUAAUGACUGGCUGUCUCGACUCCUUGGGAGAGCUCAUUAACCAUUGCUGGACAAUCAAAGGUUUGUGCAGCGAGGAUUCAAAGCAAAGCUGUGGCGUAAUAUGUUAAAUGCCUCACUUAGAUUCAACUACAAGUGGGUUUUUUUUUUCAUUGGUGUAGGCUUCUAGAGCCUUAUAAAGUCACUUGUCAAUACUUUAACUUUGUAUGUACAUGUACUUAUUUUUUUUCAUUGAUUUCAUUUUUUACUGCCAAGCAAUGGAAUUUAUAAACAAGAUUUCAUGUAAAAACUAUCAAAUGCCAGCCAAGAUGGCAACUUUAUAUUGGAUAGUCAGUAUCUGUAUUUUGUAUGUUUAUGUCGUAUGUUCUGUUGAAUCCAAUGAGUUAAUCAAGAAUAUUAAUGUAUAUCCGAACAGCCCACUUUACUUUCUAUGGUUCAGUAUCUUAAACUCUAACGCUGUUGGUUUCUGCAGAUUCAAUGUCAUGUGACACUUCUCGGCUCUGAAACAGCGAAAGAUAAAGUGUUAAUAUUCUUGUACAGACUCUGUAUUUUAUAUCAUUAUUAAGUGCUAUAAUUUCUAUUAUGUUUUUAAAGAUAUAAAGCGUAAUGAAAUUUG